AUGGAUGUUCUCCUCAUGAUCUGCCAUCACCUCUUCAGUGACGCCAAGGAACCAAGUACCAUGUUCAAACUGAAGCGCAACAUCCAGGGCAUCUUCGAGCAGCUGCCCGAUGAGCAACAGCUGUGCAAGGCCAACCAGUUUCUGGUUGCCUGCAAGAUGCUGGGCAAAUGUGGCUUUACCAGCCAGAGAGCAUGGCCACAGGCUCCAGCCACAGUGGGACUGGCCUUCUGGGCAGAUGAUGCUUUUGGAGCUCUGCACGUUGAGCCCUUCUCCAGCCCUCUGGAGCUGCCUGAUGUCAUGAAGCAGCAAGACUUGGGGAGCAGUACCCAUGAAUGA